AUGUCUGAGAAACCCAUGGUGGAGGACCUUUGGUCUCAUGUGCUUACAUGCUAUGGACAGCGGGGAGCAGCGCUCGGUGAGACACCCCUCCCUUUUGCACCCAGGUCCAUCUUCGAGUACAUCUCCAAGAAAGACCAAGAACGCAUCAAGAACAUUGCUGCAAGCCGCUUUGUCCCCCCUUCCACGUCGGAUGACCCCUCGCCAGGUCCCUCACUCUCCACACCUCCCAGGAUCACACACACCAAGUCCGACGUCGCCCAAGCUGCUCUCCGAGGUUUUCAGAUCUUCAUGGCCGACCCCUCUAAGCAGGCAAGGUACACUGCCCAUCUACGUGCACACACAAAUCCUGGCUCAGGCGCAAUUCUACCCGCACAGAAGCCUGGGCAGACACCCGAGGAGUUCUCAAAAGAGACAAGUGAUUAUACAAAGUUAGCUGCGUUAUUCCGCCCCGUUUCUGGAGCCAUGGCUGGGUGGUUUACAACUGCCGCUCCAGAAGAGGAAGCGGACAUGGAUGUGACGGAGGAAAAGCCGAAGGAGGAAGUCAAGGAAGAAGCCCCAAAGGUGCAUGCUGCUCGACUGGGUACUAUGUAUGGUGCUAUGACGCGUGAGGUCGCGGGGCCUGAGUUCACGGGCACGGCGUCCGCAGACGAAUUCGCGGGUGCAAGCGUAGGAAUAACGCAAGUGGAGGGUGGGAGUUCCGGGAGUAGCGAGCGCGAUGUUGCAAAUAUUGGCAUGGAGGAAGCAAUUUUUGCGAGUAAUGAUGGGGAGAGUGACGAGGAGAAGGAUCGUAUGGAUGAUGUCGAUGAGGUGGACGAGCCCCCGCCGUCUCUGAGCCAGUCAGGCCGUCUAAACCAGGCCCGGGUGUCAAGCCACUACCAGCGAAUGGCAUCGUGGAAGAUGUUGACCUGGCUACUCAUUGUCGUCACUGCUACGCAUCAAAAACACCAAGAUCGGGAUAGCGAGAUGCCGAGGAAGAAGAAACGGAAGGAUGAAGAGGAGGAUGGAGGUGAGAAUAUGUGGGUUGAAAAGCCUCCGCCGGAUAUCGUGAAAGCCUUGCCUAUCGAUCUGUCUCCUCACGAGGGCGGUCACAGUUAG